AUGAUAGGAGAUGACAAAAAGGAGAUGUCUCGAUUGAAUAAGUUGUUGGCACAUGAAUUUGAGAUCAAAGAUCUAGGAAAAUUGCAGUACUUCAUAGGAAUUGAGGUUGCUAGAUCCAAAAGAGGAAUCUUUAUUUCUCAAAGGAAGUAUAUUCUGGAUCUUUUGAAAGAAACUGGUAUGACAGGUUGCAAACUCGCAGAAUCGCCCAUUGAAAGCAAUCAUAAGUUACAAAGCGGAGUUAGAGAAUCAGUUGAUAAGAAGAGAUAUCAGAGGCUGUUGUCUUUCACAUUUUGGAAAUGUCUACUUUUCUCCAAACAUGAUCACCUCCAAAUAGAAGCCUUUACAGACGCGGAUUGGGCUGGAUCUCUAGAUGACAGAAGAUCAACAUCCGGUUACUGUACGCUCGUAGGAGGAAACUUGAUUACUUGGAGAAGCAAGAAGCAAAGUGUAGUUGCUAGAUCAAGUGCGGAGGCAGAAUAUAGAGCUAUUGCCCAGGAUGUUUGCGAACUGCUUUGGCUACAAAAGCUACUACAGGAAUUGAGACUGUAUGAAAAAGGAAAACUUUCCUUGUACUGUGAGUCUGUGACAAUAAAGCUGCCAUCAGUAGAGCUCAUAAUCCUGUCCAGCAUGAUCGAACAAAGCAUGUGA